CUCUCAUCACGUGCUAUGCAGGUGCCCGAUCGCUAGGAUCUCCGAAUGGGGAAUGCAAAACGCAAGCGGCAGGGAUGAGCCACGGAGGAUAGCGAGCGAGCUGACACCCGCACCCGCCGCCGACGAAGAUGAAUCCGAUUGUCGCCAUCGACAUCCCGCCCUUCAAACCACCUCCUUUCGUUCAGCUCCGCCACCCAGGCUCCGUCCUCCCCUUCGUCUCUCUGCCGCCCCCCCUGCGACUGCGAUUGCGACCAAUUCGAGCGCCCAUUCCCGUCCUCGCCGCCGCCCCCCAGCCCCCCUUCCGGGCCGCCUCUUCGGCGGAGGUGGACAUGAUCCGCGGCCGCGACGGUGUGUGGUCGGCGCGAACGGAACAGAGGGUGGUGGUCCUGUGGGACCUGGACAACAAACCCCCCCGGGGACCGCCUUACGAGGCCGCCGUCGCCCUUCGCCGCGUUGGGGAGCUAUUCGGCCACGUGGUCGACAUCUCGGCCUACGCGAACCGCCACGCGUUUGCCCACCUCCCCCAGUGGGUGCUCGCCCAGCGCCGCGAGCGCCGCCGCCUGGACGCCCUGGAACGCAAGGGCCUCGCCGUCCCCGACGAGCCCUACGUGUGCAGCGUCUGCGGCCGCCGCUGCCGCACCCGCCCGGACCUCAAGAAGCACUUCCGCCAGCUCCACGAGCGCGAGCGCCAGAAGAAGAUCUCCCGCAUGCGCUCCCUCAAGGGAAAGAAGCGCCAGCGCUACCGGGAGCGCUUCAUCGCCGGGAACCGCAAGUACGAGGAGGCCGCGCGCGAGCUGGUCACCCCCAAAACCGGGUACGGCCUCGCGUCGGAGCUCCGGCGGGCGGGGGUGCUCGUGCGGACGGUGGAGGACAAGCCCCAGGCGGCGGACUCCGCCCUCAAGCGGCAGAUGCAGCAUUCCUUGGCGCGGGGGAUCGAUUGGCUCCUCCUCGUCUCCGACGACUCCGACUUCUCGGAGAUGGUCCGGCGGGCCAGGGACUCGGACCUCCGCACCGUAGUGGUCGGGGACGGGCGGACGGUGCUGGGCCGGCACGCCGACCUCUGGGUGCCGUGGGCCCGCGUGGAGAACGGCCAGGUCGGCGAGGAGCUCUUGCAGUCAUGGCAGAGGAAGACAGGAUUUUCGACCAUUGGUAAUUAUGAUGAGGACCACGAGGAUGAUUGCGGAUAUAAAUACGAUUACGAGGAGGAGGAGGAGGAGAGGGAGAAGGGCUUCUAUUCGCCUGCUAGUUUUUCCGAGGAAGAUGGUGAUUCUGGAGGUUUGGAUGAGGUGGUCGAUGGGUUUGUAGUCGAUAAUUCUGGGAUUGGUGGUGUCAAGAUCUCGGCCUUUUCGGAGGAGGAGGCAUGGAGCGGGGAGAUUCUGGGAGAGGAUUUUGGGGACGAUAGCUUCCGAAUCAUGGAGCCAUCAUUGCCAGGUGAGGACUUGGUUUGGGAUAGUGUGGAAGAGGAGGACGGCUAACUUUAUCAACACAGGUCACUCAACUCUAGAGUAGUAGGCACAGUGGUAAGGCUUUCUUGCAACAUGAGGUACAGAACUUCUGGAAAAGGCUCUUGAAAGGGUUCAGAAUGAUAGUCAGUUGGCCUUAUCAGGUGAAAGCAUGAAUUGACUCCCAUGGUAGGAACUGUUGCAGGAAAGUAAAAAAAAAAAAAAAAGAAAAGAAAAUUCACUGCUUGCCAAAAUAAUCUCCUGGCGAGGUUUGAACUCAACUGAUGUAUAUGGCCUCAAACAUGUGGAGGUAAACCUUUAUAUUCAUGGACACCACAUAGAUCUGUAAAGGUGUAUACCAAAACGUUUAAAGAUCACGGCGAUGAAAAGUGGAAGUUCACUUAUCUGACUGUUGAGAGCGAGUGAGCUGCAGUUUGGUGCUAUAAUUUUAUUUUCCUUCUCAAGAUACUAGUGCGCUUCUUCUCUUUUUGUUCUCUCUCAUUGUCAUGCGUGUAAAGUGUGAAUUUAACUUGGAUCUAUUUGGUAGAAGGGCCUAUCUGUUGUGUUUAUUUAUCGUCUUUCACAUGGCCGACCCUGUCUCCUCUUUUGGGAGGUCAUGGUGACUCAGAGCCUGUUUACGUGUUGUCAUGGUGACUGGUAAGGUGGUUUUUAUAAAUUGGAAAGUAUAUUUUGUUUUUGAGAAAUAAAAUAUUUAUUGUUUGA